AUGGAGGUUUUACUCAGCUGCUUCUCAGCACUCUCAAGACAGAGACAAAAAGACUGGAAGGAAAUCGAAGAAAAAGUAAAAACAAUCGAAGACCAAGCAUCAUGGACCUCCCCCCACGAAAACACCUGCAUGUUCGAAGCCUUCGAAUGGUACGUCCCACAGGAUGGUCGGCACUACCAACGCCUGCAACAAUGCCUCCCAGACCUAAGAGAGAUUGGAAUCGACAAUCUACUCCUUCCACCGGGCUGUAAAGCAAUGCAUCCGUCGGGCAAUGGGUACGAUAUCUACGACUUGUACGAUCUGGGAGAAUUCGAUCAAAAGGGUACCGUGGCCACGAAAUGGGGAAGUAAAAAGGAUUUGGUGGCCUUGGGCCAGGCCGCGCAGGAUUUGGGGAUGGGUGUGUAUUGGGAUGCGGUGCUGAAUCAUAAGGCUGGUGCGGAUAGGACGGAAAGGUGUUUGGCUGUUACGGUUGAUCCGAAGGAUCGCAAUAUCGACCUCACAAAACCCCAAGAAAUAGAAGCAUGGGUCGGCUUCGACUUUUCCGCUCGGGGCGACACAUACAGCAAACAGAAAUACGGCUGGCAACACUUCAAUGGCACAGACUGCAACGAUCUUGACAAGACCAAAUCCGCAAUCUACAAAAUCUUUGCACCAGGGAAGGAUUGGGCGAGGGACGUGAGUACCAGCGAGAAUGGGAAUUAUGAUUAUCUCAUGUUUGCGAAUUUGGAUCAUUCGAAUCCGGAGGUCAGAAACGACAUAUUCAACUGGACGGAAUGGAUUGGUGGACAGCUUCCCCUGAAAGGGAUGAGGUUGGAUGCAGUGAAGCAUUAUUCGGCUGAGUUUCAGAAGGCGUUGGUUGACCAUGUUCGACAGACUUCAAAGGAGUGGUUUUUUGUGAGUGAGUAUUGGUCGGGGAAUGUUUUGGAGAUACAGGAUUACCUCAAACUGGUGGAGUAUAAAGUUCAUGCGUUUGAUGCGCCGUUGUGCCAGAGGUUGUCUGCUAUUUCGCAGUCGAGAGGGGCGGAUUUGAGGAUGGUGUUUGAGAAGACGUUGGUUAAGUUUGAGCCGGAGCAUGCUGUGACAUUUGUGAUGAAUCAUGAUACGCAACCACACCAAGCACUAGAAGCCCCAAUAUCCAGCCCCUUCAAGCCCCUCGCCUACGCCCUCAUUCUCCUCCGCAAAGACGGCUAUCCCUGCAUUUUCUACGGCGAUUUAUACGGCAUGUGCAGUAGCACAUCCUCACUCAAAAACGGAAAGCCUAAAAAGUUUCGCCAUCCUCAGGUCCCAAAAGAGCUUUGGACUCUACCAGCAAUGAUUCUAGCCAGGAAAUUAUAUGCCUACGGAGAACAGCAAGACUAUUUCUUGCAUCGGAACUAUAUUGGGUUCGUGCGGUAUGGGAACGCGAGACAUCUGUGGGGGAUGGCGUGUGUUGUGAAUAAUGGCCUGACGGCUGUGAGGUUGAGGAUGUUCGUGGGCAAGAGGCAUGCUGGGGAGAGAUGGAGUGAUGUUCUGGACCUUACUCAAUCGUCCGAUGAGGGUGCCGUGAAGGAUAAACGUGUGCCGGAGACAGAGAAGGGAGCGGAGAAGAAGAAGACGAAGAGCAUAGUGCGCAUCAAUGCGAAAGGGUAUGCGUAUUUCCCGGUUCAGAGUAUGAGUGUUGGGGUUUGGGUUAAUGAGGCUGCGGAGGGGAGGGAGAGGUUCGGAACGUGUUUUCAUAGCGAUAUAUACUCUUACUAA